UUGCUCAACUGCUCAGGAUUUAAAAUACAAUUGAAACAAUAUUCCAAUGCGUUUUAAGCGUUUUUGUGCAUAUUGCAAACGGAAACGUAUACGUCAAUCAGGAUAUUCCUUUUUCAAGUUUCCAUUGGAUAAAUCAAAUCUUUUAAAGAAAUGGCUUGAUAGUAUGGGAAUCAAGAAUUGGACUCCAGACAAAAGCAGUGUUUUAUGCUCAGACCAUUUUGAGCAAACUUGUUUACGCAAGGUAGGAGAAAAGUAUUUGACGUUAAAAGAUGGAAGCAUUCCAACGAUAUUUAAUAAGGUUGACUGUUUUAACAAUAUUAUAAAAUCAGCUGUUUUGAUAUUAACAGAAAAUAUUCCUCUUCAUAAAGUAACAUUUGAUGAGAAUUUAAAACAGAAUCAGAAGAUACAAUUCAAUAGUAAUAAGUUCGACCUUCCACAAAAAGCUUCUUGCAAUAAAUUAAGCCAAACUUACUCAAAUGAUGAAGAUAUAAACAGACUAUUAAUAUUUAAUAAGACUGAAAUUGUAAACCUUGAUCAUCAUUAUCAUAUUUCUCCAUCAAGACUAAUUGAGAAACUCGUAAAAAGUCAAGAAACAUUAAAGAAGAGACGAGAUAAAAUUCAAAUACAAAGGCAACAGCUUCGACGCUUUAAAAAUUGCAUAACGAGCUUAAAAGAAACAAUAAAGGAAUUGCAAUGCCAGCGCAUGAUGUCAGAAAAAUGUUUGAACUGUAUGUCUAUGGUUAUAUCGCAUAGAAUACCCGAAUAUCCAGAUGAGAUAAAAUCUAAAAAUGUCUAAACUGAAAACUACUGUGUUAUAUAUUACAUAAAAAAUCACUCAAUUGCAUAAAGAACAUUGGUCAUUGAUCUUUACGUAUAUAUAUUAUUUUAUGUUUUUCACAAUAUAUCG